AUGGGCACCCCGUUCGUGGUGGAAUCAUGGAUAUGGUACUCGGUCACCAUAUGCAUGGUCAUUGCUCGAGUGGCCGUGCGACUGAUGCAUUUCAAGUCUGUGCUUCGGCUCCAGACAGAGGAUUAUGUGAUGGUAUUUCUGACUUGCCUGUACACCAUACUCAUCGCCUUCCUCAACAUUGACCUGAAUGUCUCGACGAACCUGAUCGAUCCGGCCCACCCAGUCACCCUCACACCCCUGGAGAUUUCGCAACGAACAUGGGGCUCCAAAACGGUUCUGCUGGUCGAGCAAUGCAUGUGCGCCGUGCAGUGGGGCACGAAAUGCUGCCUGCUGCUCCUCUACUGGCGGCUGACCCAGAACCUCCGACAAGCCCUCGUGGUCAAAGUCGCCGCGGCAUAUGUGGUGGCGACGUACAUUAUCAUGGAGAUCUUUUACUUUGGUGUAUGGUGUCGCCCGUUCCGCGACUAUUGGCAGACCCCUACGGAUAACGUGCAAUGCACGACCGCGCUCCACCAUCUCAUCAUGAAUCUCGUCUUCAACUUGACCAGCGACAUCCUGAUCCUGUCGAUCCCUCUGCCGCUGCUCGUCAGGGCGCACUUGCCCCUCAGGAAGAAAGCUCUGCUGGUUUUCCCCUUCAGCCUCGGUCUCUUCACCAUGCUGUGCGCCAUCCUGAGCAAGCGCCUGAGUUUUACUCACCCGUACAGCUCGGAGUGGGUGUACUGGUACUGUCGAGAGGCGAGCACAGCCAUGAUUGUGGCGAACAUGCCCUACAGUUGGGCACUGAUCCGAAAGGUCUUCAAUCUCCGGUCAUUCUUUGGCGACUCAACUGCAGGACACAUCCAGGCAGGACAACCGAGAGAGCUUACGGGGCACAGUCUCGGGGUCCUGCAAUUGGAGAGUCAGCCUCGGUCGCGCGAAGUGAGUCAUGCCGAAGGUGAACACGGGAAACUCUCAUGGCACAAACUCAAGCUUCACACGUCAAGAGAUGACACGGUCAAGCCCUACGAGAACGGCAAGGACAAGGAAAUCAAUGUCAAUACGACCCCGACGUCGAGCAGCACCAGUAGUGCUGGAUCUGUUCGAAAACCACCCACCACAACGAAGACGGACUGGACCUUGGACCGUCUGUACCCUCUGGACGACGAAGAACUGGCAGCUCCAGACCCUACGCAGCGUCGUUAUGAAGGGGUUUGA